AUGCUAUGCACGUGAUGACAUAUGGCUCUGUGCCCCUAAAUCCUAAUGCCUUCCACUGUUCCAGUCUUCCACAGUUCCACUACUGAAUCCUCCCUUUUACGCCUCCAAUUCUAAUUGCUUCUCUAUUAAUUUUUCUCUUCAAGUGUACUUUAUGACUUUGAUGCCCAGCUAUUUUCUGUUCUUUUCGCCCCUAAUACUUUUUCUCUUGCAAAAAGUAAGCCCAUUUGCAUAUUUCACCCCACCUAAUCACCAAACUCAAAUUACCAAACUACUUGGUCUCUGCAAAAAAACUUCUUUCUACAUAUGGAUGCAUGCAUGAAUCUGUGUCCUUAAAUCUUCAUUUAUUGGGGAUAAAACCAGGUUUUGUAUGGUGGGUUUCAUUUAUUUCCUUGUUAAGUCUAAACCUAUUUAGGAAAGUUAAGGCUUUGCGUUAGCGGUUCAACUUUUUGUUAAGAUCAGAUAUGGUGUUCUUCUUGUUGCAAUAGAAAUCAGAAAUGGGCAUCGUUUUUUCCUUUCUAUUUAUGGACAAGUCUAGAGAUCUUGAAGCUUCGUUUCUUUAAAGUAUAAAACUGGUCUAUUGGAGUGGGUUUCUGUAAAUUGGCAUUGGAGGAAAACCCUACUCCUUUUCAAAGUACCGGCAAGGUUUGUAUAUCUCUGUUUAAGAAGAGAAAUGAUUCAAUUGUUGUUCUUGGUUUUGUUCGCCGAGGCUGCUGUGGCAUUCCUUCUAUUGGUCAAAAUUGGGCCAUUGAGAGAUCUUGUCAUAAAGACUUUGGAUCAGCUGAAGAUGGGGAAAGGUCCUCCUACAAUGAAAACCAUAGCUGGUACUAUGUCUGUGAUUUUCCUAUCAAGCCUCAUGAGCAUUGUUAAGAUCCAGAAUAAGGGUGCAAAGCUUGGUACCAUGUCACCCAUGGAUCAGGUUCUAUGGAGGACGCAUUUGCUUGAGGCUUCUCUCAUGGGUUUUACCCUUUUUCUUGGAUUCAUAAUUGACCGUGUACACCAUUAUCUCCAAAAGCUUAGUGCGUUGAGGAGUAGUGUGGGAGCUUCAAAAGGGGAAGUUGAAAGGCUUCAAAAAGAAAAGAUGCAUCUCAAAGAAAAUGAAGAGAAAUCUUCAAAGGAGAUAAAGCUGCUGCAAGAAGAAAUUGCAACUCUAUCAGAGAAUUUGAAAAAGCUGAAGCUAGAAUCUCAAAAUAAAGAUAAGAAGGUUGAAACUGCCGAAAGCCAUGUCGCAGCCCUUCAAAAACAAGCGGCAGAUCUACUUCUUGAAUAUGACCGUCUAUUAGAAGACAACCAAAAUCUUCAGACUCAGGCUCUUAGGUAUUAAUUUUGAAAGGCAUCGAGGAUUCAAGUUUUGGCCGGAAAUGGUUUUUGUUGAUGAAUCAACUCCUUGUUGCGAGGAAAGGGUGUUUCUUUGGCCCUUCCAAGGGGAAAAGUGGAUGGAAUAGCUUCUUUUUUUUUUUCUUCUCAUAGUUUUGGUCCAAUUGAUUGAAAUUUUUGUAGUGUUCUUAUAAUUUUAGUAGUCUACCUCGAUGCUGUUUUGGUUGAUGCCAACUGUUCUUCCCUUUCAGUUUUCUGGAACAGAUGUUUUGUAACUCAAUUUAGAUUGCUAAUGAAAUGCUUAUCUCGAGCCAGCUGCCUAGGCA